GGGAAACGUCAUGCGUCGCGGCGAGCGCCGGGGUUUCAACUUGUUAUAUAGGAGAGCGUCGCGGCGCCCUCGUCGUCAUUUCUACGCCGACUGCAAAGUCGCGGUGCCCACCUACGGUAGCCCCAAGAGACGCUGAGCCGACCCUGCGCGAGUCUGUUUAUGAUAAACCGAAGAACCCCCGAGAGGAGGCAACUGGACCAUCCGCAAAGACCAAAGAUCAACUUCGUUGGACGCGAUCCUCGAGCGUCGGGACGCUCCUGAGUCUCAUUGAACAGCAGCAACAGACAUAUUUCAGAAUGAGAGCCACAACCACCCUUGGGAUGGGACUGGUGCUCCUGAUGACAAGUGGCAGUAUAACCGCAAUGGAGGAAAGUGUCUUGACAGACUCCGAGGAGAGUCUUGGUGAUCUCUUGAACGAUUUGGGCCUGGAUGAGAGUCCCGAGAAAAGGGCCUACACCUACGUCUCGCAGUACAAGCGUCUACCGCUCUACAACUUUGGCAUUGGAAAACGUUGGAGUCCAGAGGCCUUGGGUGACACUAUUGAAAACAAGCGGGCCCGUCUGUACUCAUUUGGCUUGGGCAAAAGAGCUAGACCAUUCAGUUUUGGCCUGGGAAAGCGUGGACUUAUAAUGCAACAGGAAUUGCCAAACGUGAACGUCCCUAAGAGACCCGGCGAGCUAAUGGAGGAUAAACGUAACGGACGCAUGUACAGUUUUGGUUUGGGAAAACGAUUGGCGAAUAACGAUAACGAGCUGGAUAACAAGCGUGGUAGUGAGAGUCUUAGACAAAGAUAUAUGUUCGGCUUGGGUAAGAGGGUCAACGAGGAAGAGGAUACGGUCGCUUAGAGAUCCAGAUAGGAAGCGUUGACAGCAGCUACUCUUGGCCAUCGAUCGACCCUCCCUGUCAUCCUACCAGAUCAUCGUUCGAAAUACAAUAAAAGUUGACGCGAUAAAUCGAUUGAUUUUUAAAAAAUAUAUCUACGUAUAAUGCAUAUAUAUAUAUAUAACUUAUAUUAAUUAUUUUCUUAUGUCUUUAAGAACGAUUGAUCACUUGGGUCGGGACCAAGUGUUAACGUAAUAAUUUAAGUGUAAGUGAAAAAAAAAGAUAGCUAGUACAAUUCUAGUCGCUCUGCCAUUAUAAUUCUUAAGUUUUAAUGUCUAGGGAGCAUAAUGGUUAUUUUCACAGUGGCGAUUGUCACUUUUACGCAACGCAUCGUCACUCGACGCAGCCACGACGUUGGCCGACAAUGCACUAAUUGUUUAAACUAACGUUGUUUCUAUUAUAUUAAUGUGUAACCACUCUCUGUCAGAAUAAAGCGGCUAUCUGUAACCCACAA